GGUGUUUAGCCGGGUCUCUCCUCUCUCUCUGCUGCAGCGGCCAUGCUGCUAUCCCCCGCCUGCCUCAGUGCAUCCCGGUCCUCCUCCGGUGCAACCUGCCGCUGCUGCAUCCCCGAAUCCCCGGUAAGCUGAAAGGCCUGGACCGGGUCUGCGCAGCCGUAGUGGAGCAAGGAUCCAACUAAACGAACCGGAACACGGGAAGAAGAGAAAGCCUCCAUAGCAACAAACCGGUUUCACGGCAUUAUUGAGGUGGACGGUUUGCCGAGGACGCCGGGAGACAAAAAAGUGUGGCAAGGUCAGAAAUUACUGAACAGGAUUACCAGAACGAUUGUGACAGAUCAGAAGCUCGGACUCGGGACAGAUUCUCACACCGGCCGUGAACGUGGUUUAGAGCCAGGUCACUUGGGCUACUGGAAGGUCAUUGCGAAGAGACGUCCAUAUCAUCAAGAAGACAUUUGCUGGGUUUGUGGGUUUUGUGGCCUUAAUGUUUCUGAUUGGAGCUUGAAAUUAGUUUGCGGGAAAACCUCCCCGGUGAGACCUGCUUGGAAUGAUAAGGAAUCAGGAGACUAUCCCAAAACCGGACAGUCUGAUUUUCGGUGUUACCAACAAGGUUAGCGUCCAUUUACAGCAUCGAAGUGGCCUUUAAAUGAACCACUGAGCCUUCACUUGGAUGUUCAUUGUAGGUCUCUUGAAUAGAGCAUCACUGGAAUACCCGGAUUUCAGGAUUCUUAUGGUGUAGAAAGAACUGUGUCUGGUUCCAGCAUUGUCUUCCUUCUACGGAAACACUGGGAAGGAUACCACUGGAUUAAAAAGGGGGACCUGACCUUCUGACGAUUACUGGGAGUACUUGUGCCAUCUUGUGAUGGUGUGACAGAAACUGGGGAGCCACAGCUUGGACCAGAUACCUAUACACAAAAACACUUACCUUUUUUUGGAUCUACUUGUUACCGUCCGGGUUCUUCCAGCCAACUGGACUGGACUGAUCUGGACUGGUUUUAGGAGAGUGCAUGUUGAAAAUCAAAGGGAAAGCUGUUGGGUUUUGAGAAUCUACAAACCCCGAUUUGAGGACUACUUUAUCCCCAGAUAGGCUUCUAGAGUUCUCCUAUACUGGUUCUCGAAAAGGUCACUUGGUCGUCAAGGGAGUUUGGAACCAGCCAUCAAGGAUUGGAGUUUAAAGUUUUCAGCUGUUGGACGAUGAAUCGUAUGUAGCAAGUAUUCUGUUGAAAAUUUCUUGACCAAUAUCCGCCAUGUCUUUGAGCAAGACCCUCGAGCUGGAACACUUCGACGAACGCGACAAAGUUCGCAGAGGACGUUCCCCUCGCACCAAGAGAGAUGACUCCACCAGUAGUAUCGGCGGCGGCGGCGGGGGAUCAGGGCCAAGCUCCCGGGGAAGCAGCCUGGUCCCUAGCCCUGCCCACAGCGCCAACUGCAGCUACUACCGGACCCGAACCCUGCAGGCGCUCACCUCGGAGAAAAGGGCCAAAAAGGUGCGGUUCUACCGCAACGGAGAUCGGUACUUCAAGGGUCUGGUGUACGCGGUCUCCAGCGAUCGGUUCCGCUCCUACGACGCGUUGCUGAUGGAGCUGACGCGCUCGUUGGCGGAUAACCUGCACCUGCCGCAAGGCGUGCGCACGAUCUACACUAUAGAUGGCAGCAAGAAGAUCACGAGUAUGGACGAACUAGUGGAAGGAGAGUGCUACGUCUGUGCGUCCAACGAGCCGUACAGGAAGGUCGACUACACGAAGAUCGCCAUCCCGAGCUGGAAGCCAGGGGCCAGCGGCGGACCCGGCGCCACCGGCUCGCCCCGGCCCUCCACGGCGUCCACGGGCGUGUCCGCGAGCACCGGCGUCGCCUCCAAAGAGCGGCCCGAGAGUCGGGAGGGCCGAGAGAGCAAAGACUUCAUCAAGCCCAAGCUGGUGACGGUGAUCCGGAGCGGCGUGAAGCCCCGCAAGGCCGUGAGGAUCCUGCUGAACAAGAAGACGGCGCACGCCUUCGAUCAGGUGCUCGCCGACAUCACCGAGGCCAUCAAGCUGGACUCCGGGGCCGUCAAGAGGCUGUACACGCUGGACGGGAAACAGCUCACCUGUCUGCAGGAUUUCUUCGGCGAUGACGACGUGUUCAUGGCGUGCGGGCCGGAGAAGUUCCGCUACGCUCAGGACGACUUCGUGCUCACACACAGCAGCAAAACGCCGACUUUUGUCAACGACUGCAAAACUAAAGGAACUCGCUCCAGCGCUCCCUUGAAAACUCCAACUCCCAAGAUCCCUAGCGGCUCGGGCUUCUCCUCGUCUAGGACUUCACCUAAAGGCCCGCCCAGAACGAAGUCUCCAGGCCCGGCCAAUGAGGCGUCAGGAUCACAGUCAGCAGGGAAGUCUUCCAGGUCGAGCCCCUCCCCCACCAGCCCCGGGACCCGCCGCAGCCUCAAGAUCUCUCCGCGUCGUUCCUCCUCCACGGAUGUGAACGGAGAGGCCGAGCAGCCGGACGAUGCCGAAGUAGAAGUGAACGGGAACCGCUCGGUCUCUUCCUCCAUCAUCAACGAGAAGUACGAGGUCGGCAAAGUGAUCGGGGACGGAAACUUUGCCGUGGUGAAAGAGUGUGUGGAGAGGUCGACAGGUCAGGAGUACGCUCUGAAAAUAAUCGACAAAGCUCGCUGCUGUGGGAAGGAGCACCUGAUAGAAAACGAGGUGGCGGUGCUGCGGCGGGUUCGACAUCCCAGCAUCAUCGAGUUAAUCGAGGUGGAUGAAACUCCGAGUCAGCUCUUCCUCGUCAUGGAGCUCGUCAAGGGUGGCGACCUGUUCGACGCCAUCACCUCCUCCACAAAGUACAGCGAGCGUGACGCCAGCGCCAUGGUGUUCAACCUGGCCGGCGCCAUCAAGUACCUGCACCGAAUGAACAUCGUCCAUCGAGACAUCAAACCUGAGAACCUGCUGGUGUGCGAGUAUCCAGACGGCACCAAGUCUCUGAAGCUCGGGGACUUUGGUUUGGCGACGGUGGUGGAGGGACCUCUGUACACGGUGUGUGGCACGCCCACGUAUGUCGCCCCGGAGAUCAUCGCCGAGACCGGCUAUGGUCUGAAGGUGGAUAUCUGGGCAGCUGGAGUGAUCACAUACAUCCUGCUGUGUGGAUUUCCUCCAUUCAGAAGUGAGAAUAAUGUGCAGGAGGAGUUGUUCGAUCAGAUCCUCAGAGGGAAGCUGGAGUUUCCGUCUCCAGACUGGGACACCAUCAGCCUCCCAGCAAAGAUGCUGAUUAGUCAGAUGCUGCAGGUGAACGUGGACACUCGUUUCACCGCCGAGGAGGUCCUGGCACAUGCCUGGGUGACGGAUGAGGCUCCCGUAGACUCCAACACCGUGAGCAGCAAUGAAGACCCGACCAUUGGAGACACACUGGAACCAGAGCAGGAAUCCCCAAUACUGGAGACCAAACAAGUUCCUUCACCUCUGGUUUAAUCAAGGUCCCCCUUUCAUCAGCUGGUAAUGUGUGAAAAAAAGGGAAUGUUUUAUCCAAUGGGAAUCCAGAAAGCUGGACCAGAUUCGCCCUGGGAACCAAACCAUAUGAACUAUUCAAUAAAAAACUAAAGAAACUGAAUCAGACAAACAGCUGUUUUGGGAUUUCUUUUCACCAACUGGAAACCCAAACCACUUCCGAACCAGAACCCAUCUUGUUGUACCUACUUGGAAAAAAACGAGUUCCCUCACCAAUGUCUAUUUUUCUUUCUGUCUAAUGGAAAGUGAACAGAACAAGUCUCAUCUCGUCUUCUGAAGGUUUUCCAAUGACUCACCCAAACCAGUUCUAUAUUUUAAAGUCUGAACCUCUUUCCCUAAAAACUGAACACAUUUCCCUCAAUCUGAUAUGGAGUACAUCCAGUUUAAUCGAUUAGAAACCAAAAAAAGUAGCUGCAUAUGGAAACCAAGCAUUUGGCCAGGUCUAGACUUAGACGAGACAUUGCCAAAACUUUUGCUUCUGAUGGAAUUGUCAUGUUGCUUUAACUAGACGCUGAUCCAGUUCCUUACUCCAGAUGCCUUCGGUUUUGUUCAACAAGUUCCCUUAAAUCUGGUCUAAAUCUGAUCUAAAUCUCAUGCUGGUCUUUCUCUGAAAAGUUCAGUUCCCUCAACUCUGCAGACCGGAAACCAUCAUAUUUCAUCUUUUGGAAACUAAAUAAUCUCUGCUCUAGAUGAUGUCCAGUUUCUGGUUCUUGCCACCAAAUUAGCUCUGUCAAAUUUGGUGUUGAAGGGUUGGACCUGAUCUUCCACGGAUAAACAAAUUAGUUUUCUCAGCUCCUGAGUUUGAACACAACAGGCUUUAUCUACUUGAAACCAGACAAGCUCCAGCACCACUGUUGUACUGUAGAAUACAAGUUCCUUCAAAGUACCUACCAAUAUCUUGAAUAUGGAACCAGUUCUGUUUCCUCCACUGGACGCCAAACAAAUUCCAACAUCUUGGGUCGAGAACAGAUCCCGUCCAUGUUCAGGGCAUUGUCCCUUUUCUUUUGGAACUUAAUGUAAAACCAAACGGGUUCCUACGUCUUUGGUCUUGUAGAGAUCCCCUUCAACAAUCGGCAAACCAUACAAGUACUCCCAUCCAGGGUCUAGAACCUGGUUUAUUGGAAACCAAACCAGUCCAUUGCCUCUAUUGUAAAAUAUUCCAUAACAAUUGUUGGGAAACAAACCAGUUCUGUUGAAAUACCUUCCAGUACAUCUUGUAUAGAACAAGUGAGGGGUUUAAUCCACUGGAAAUCCCAAAUCUCCUGUCUAGAACUUGUCAUUUAUUUUGCAUAAUUUUCUUAACUGGAAACCAAUCACGUCCAGCUCCUCUGGUCUGGAACCAUUGCUGUAUUAUCCACUGAAAAUCCCAUCCAGGGUCUAGAACCUUUCUGUUCACUUUUUUUGAUAUACUGGAAACCAAACAAAGUCCAAUCUUCUGGUUUAGAACCAGUCCACUCUGAUCUCCCUCGGAAACAAAACAAAGUCAUUGUUUUAACUUUUUGAUUUACUAGAGAGUCCUAACCCCCGAAUUCCUGGUUAGUUAUUGGGUCUACUGAAUGACAAAUGUAUUUCUGUGUUCUCAAAUACUUUUUAUCGACUGGAAACUGAGCAGGAGUCCUUGUCUUAACCUCAGAAACAUCCUUUUUACUGGAAAGAAUCCAAAUGUGCAUAGGUAUUUUAAUUUGUAUCCUGGAUACCGUCCUCGUCUCUGGUCUGGACCACUACUGAAGACUUUCUGAAGUCCUGUCUCUGCUGCCAAACUGGAAAAUAUGUAGACUCUGUUUUAUGAGCUCCAUCAAACAUCUGUUGGACGACUGAAAGAGGAGUCAUCUCAUGUUUCACUGGACACUAACGAAGGCAUCUCACUGAUGCUUUAAAGAAACUCAUCAUACCAACACCGGGACACUGUGCUGUUGGACACAUCCUGUUUCAUCACUCAGUGUCUCGUGGGACUGGACCCAUUUUCUGUAAAUGGCUCUUACCUCUGGUCUGAAUGAUAAACUAGGCUGCUUUAAAACGGCCUCAACCACUUAAGAGAUUUAAACAACUGAUCAGUUAACAAACGUUCCCUCUGGUUUUGGGAUUAUUUCCUCUGAAGUACCUGCCUUGUGGGGACCUGGAUGUCUUCCAUUUGUUCUGGGAAACGUCCCAUUUCUCCUGCCUUUUACCCUCCACAGACCGUAAAGACGUUCCUCAUUUGUGAAACUUGGCACCGACAUGUCUGAGAAGACAUUUGAGUUCUGUGCCUGUUGACACUGCUGAUGAUUCCUUCUAAUGAUCCUAAAAUCACAGCUCUGUCAGACUUGUCAGCACAAGUCGUUGACUGUAUAGACAGACUCGGCUCAUUGUUUUUGGUUUGUACAAUUAUUUGGUUGAAGUACGUCUUGGAUUCGGAAAGCUGACUUUGACAUCAAGUAAAAAUCUCUCUGAACUUUAGUGGGAAGGUAAAGCUUGGUGUAUGAGCUGGAGGCGAUUUUCCUAGCUUCCCAAACAGGAAGGCUUAAGAAAAAUGGAAAAUCGGCAAACCAUGCAAAAUCGUCAAACAUCAAAAAUUGGCCUAUCAAAACGGCUAGACUUAUUCAGUUAAUACUUUAAGAAAUUAGCAAAACUCGCCAUCUGCUGGGAAACAUGUUCAUGGAUGUAAAUUGAAAAAACAACAAAAACCUCGAAACAAUGAGCCUUGUCCUUACAAACUUAGGCCGUGUCUGAAACCCGAACUUUCAUUCUGUUCUUACUAGUUAUGUCCAAUUUUGUGUGCAAGAAAUGCCCUGAAGUAUACUAGAUCGGCCAGAAAUUGUAAUUUCAAAACGGGAGCCAGUGGUCGUACUAAACCCCCCCCUCCCCACAAUGCAUUGCAGCUCUCAGACUGACCCAUGACGGAGCGCUCCAUCCAGCCAACUAGUGGCAUAUAAUCGAAAGCAACCGUAGGCUACUGUAGUACGUUUUCUACGGUUUAAAAUAAUCUAAAAAUAACUAUGUAGCUGAAUUAGCAAUGAACUGAUGUAUGUUGUUGAAUUCUAUUUAUGGACCUACGCCAGUGCUAGCUUGAGGUUAGCUAACCCAUUGUAGCUCUGUCCGGAUAUACGUCAUGUGACCAGUAUUUUAGUAUGUUGGUAAAGGCAUUCUAACAGUCAGAUUAGUUAACACUUUGCUGUACUGUUUGAGUUUGUAGUAGGCCGUAUGGGAGUUUGUGGUUUCAGACACCGCUUUAGUGUCCUUUUACAUGCCACAGAAGGACACUUCCUUUCACCUAACCUAACGUCCAUCCUCUCCUCGAUCCCCAAACUGCGUACUGUAACUCAAAUAAACUGAGUGACUUCCAAACCUCACAUUGUAAAAAACAAUCAACAACCUUUCGAGGUUUCUUUGUGCAGUAUGACUGAGUUAAAAGGACACGUUCAGUCCUGACCCCGACUCCCUGCCUCUCCUCCCGCCUGCAGUAAACGGAGGAUAAAAUCUGUUGUAAAUUCUGUAAAUAUCACUCUUGUCUGUUUGUGUUUGUCUGUGUGAGUCAGUUGUGAAGUAGGGAAACAGUAGCAAAAAAAUAUGUCAAUGAAAAGAAACAAAUCUCACCACAGACAUGAUGUGUCGACACGCCCCCGCAAAAAAACUCUAAAUAUUUCACUGUCAUUGAAAUAUUUAAUUAUUUUUAAAAAUGUGUUGCCAUUAAUCCAUUAAAUAAAAUCCGGGCAGGAAAAAAUUAGAUUCGAGAUUCGUAGGGGACGUUGACGAACCAUAAUGUAAGAGUUCCUGAUAAAUCUGGUAACAAAUUCUGCCUAGCAACAAGGGGCCUGACAAGAUGGAACUCUUUCCUUAUAUGGUCGUGUCUGGGAUGUGACAUAGUGGGUUAUCUACCAAUCAUAAAGCUCCAUCUACAUACCCGUCAUGUUGUCUGUUGAUGUUACAGGUUGUAAGAAUCGCUGAACGUGAAGGACAGGUGUGUGUGUGUGUGCGAGUGUAUUCGAUUUUCGUAUUAAUGUUUUACCUUAAAACUGGAGAACGAAUGAGCUUCCAUUUGUGUGUUUAGUGAGUGUGCCUGCAUUAAGGGAGGGAGGUCAUUUUAUUUUUUUUUAAACUUGAAGUGUCAGUUGGAUAAAUGCCUUGACCUGAUGUAGUGUUAUGACCUUACCUUGACCUUCAAACUUAGCACGACCUUUCCAUGGCCUUGACCUUUGGCCUGAGCCGCUGAUGAAGAGUUUGGCUAGAAACGUGCUCAAACUAGGAUCAAUAUUGGAGAUGCUUUUAAAAAAUGGAGAGAGGUUAGAACGCAGAAAGGUU